CCUUCUCCACGUAAGUACCCUAUAAAACCAAUAAAAACGAAAGCAACCGUGUUGAAAGCCCUGAAGGUGAACAUAAGGUAAGCUAGGGUUUCGCGGCGUCUUCCCUCUCCAGCGACCACUGAAGAUCUUUCAAGCGAACGAAAAUGACUAAACGUACAAAGAAAGCCGGUAUUGUUGGGAAAUAUGGUACUCGAUAUGGUGCUAGUCUGCGUAAGCAGAUCAAGAAGAUGGAGGUCAGUCAGCACAGCAAAUACUUCUGUGAAUUUUGUGGGAAGUACGCAGUGAAGAGGAAGGCAGUAGGAAUUUGGGGCUGCAAAGAUUGCGGUAAAGUUAAGGCUGGCGGUGCUUAUACACUAAACACUGCCAGUGCUGUGACCGUCAGGAGCACCAUUAGGCGGCUGAGGGAGCAAACUGAGAGUUGAGGACCAAGAUGGCUUCUGCUUUUAUUUUUUCUGAGAGAUUCUAAGUAUUUGAGCUCCUUUAACAAUUAAAAACUAGUUGGAGUGGACACAGCACUUGAACCUUGAAUUGCCUAGCGUGCUAGUGUUUUGGACAAUACAAUUUUGUUUUUUUUCGAGUGAAUGAUUGUCAUGAUUAUUCAUCUUUCA